AUGGAGCGUGUCAAUGUUGGUAUGCACGUCGACAUUCGACGAUCUGAUGGGCGCGUUCAUAACGCAGUGAUUAGUGAAGUGCGUAAGGAGUCAUCCUCAGUCACAGUUGAAUGGUUUGAAAAUGUACAUUCUUAUUUGUUUGUUCAAUUAAUUUUAAAAAUUAUGCCGUCAUUCUCGUUAUGGAUAGUUGAUAUUUUGAAGGGUGAAACAAAAGGCAAAGAAAUUGACCUGAAGGCGCUAUUGGCGAUCAAUCCAACAUUGGCCGCACCACCUCCAUCAACACCGAUCGCUAACACAUUCAGUAAUGACGAAAAUAGAAUCACUUCUUCAUAUGUGAAUCUACGCCAUAAUGCGAAUAAUACCAAUGCGGGUAUGUCACUUUCUAUAAAAACAAAAUUCAAUGGUCGUCGGUCGUAUACGGUUGCACCGUCGAAUGUUGGAAUAUCAAAUGGAAUUGGAGCAACCUCAAAUGGAAAUUACGUUGAUUCGUCAGUGCUAGAAACACUAUCGGAAGAGAAUACAACAUUCGCGCCGUCAACUCCGCAUCAACCCCAAUCAAAUGCACGCGCUGUUGCAAGGAAUACCACUGCAAUUUCACAGCCAUCUAAGAUGCCUCCUCGCAAGAAUCGUUUCACACUCGAUCCGUCCAAUUUCAAUGUUGAUGAUAUCGCAGGACCGAUUCGAAUGCUGAGCACACCUUGUAUUACAACUACUCCUGCAUUGGAUAAUAUUCCGAGUUCGAUAUCUGCUACGUCAACUGUAGGAGUGAUGCAUCAGAUAUCGAAUAAGUCAUCAACCGUUCAGGAGAUUGAACGCCUGCAACGGAAUCGUGAAGAACGUCGUGCACAUCAAGUGGUGGUAAAGAAGCAAAAAGAACAGCUGAAAAAUCUCGACCCAGGCAAUCCGAAUUGGCAGUUUUUAACAAUGAUUCGAGAGUAUCAGUCAAUGAUUGAUUUUCGUCCACUCAAAAUCACCGAUCAGGUUGCAGAAAAUCGAAUAACGGUUUGUGUCAGGAAGCGGCCCUUGAACAGAAAAGAAAUCAUGAAGAAAGAAAUUGAGGUUAUAACAAUACCAAAUCGUGAUCACGUUAUUGUGCAUCAGCCACAAGUGAAGCUUGAUUUAACAAAAUAUUUGGACAAUCAAAAAUUCCGUUUCGAUUACACGUUUGAUGAGAAUAGUAGUAAUGAGAUGAUUUAUCGCUUCACGGCACAACCACUGUUGAAGACAGUGUUUGGGCAAGGUUUUGCAACUUGUUUCGCGUAUGGCCAAACAGGAUCUGGUAAAACCCACACAAUGGGUGGUAAUUUCACUGGCAAAACACAGGAUUGCUCAAAGGGCAUCUAUGCGUUGACGGCAAGUGAUGUGUUCAAAACACUCAAUACGGACUAUAAGAAGGACAAUCUUCAAGUCGGCUGUAGCUUUUUUGAGAUCUAUGGUGGAAAAGUGUUCGACUUAAUUGCAAAUAAAUCGAUGCUAAAAGUACUUGAAGAUGGAAAAGGUCAAGUGCAAAUUGUUGGUCUACAAGAAGUAAUCGUGAACAACGAACAAGAUGUAUUGGAUAUCAUUCAAAAAGGCACAGAUAUUCGAACCGCUGGUACGACAUCUGCCAAUCAAAAUUCAUCUCGUUCGCACGCCGUCUUCCAGAUUAUCCUUAGGAAAAAACCACCGAGGAAUGCGCGCAGUUCACCUGGUCGUCUGUGGGGUAAGUUCUCAUUAAUUGAUUUGGCUGGCAAUGAACGAGGUGUCGAUACGAUCUCGUCGGAUCGGCAAACUCGCAUGGAAGGUGCUGAAAUCAACAAGUCGCUGUUGGCGUUGAAAGAAUGCAUACGUGCUAUGGGUCGUAAUUCAAGCCAUGUUCCGUUCCGAACAUCGAAAUUAACAUUGGUUCUUCGUGAUAGUUUCAUUGGCUCGAAUGCUAAGACAUGCAUGAUUGCAAUGAUCAGUCCAGGAAUGUGUUCGUGUGAGCACACACUCAAUACACUGCGCUAUGCUGACAGAGUGAAAGAAUUGGGUGCUGAAGAUGGUGCUUCAACGCCAAUGGAAGACGAGGAAUUGAUGUUGGGAAAUAUUGGUGACGAUUUGGAUAUACUCUCGACUAGUAAUGAUAUGACUGAAGCAGCGUAUCGACGGCAAAAAGCACUACAAGAUAUUGCAAUCGCUGAGGAAAAAGUUCUUGAUGCAUUGGAUAGCGUUUGUGAGGGUAUUGAUCAGCGUGGAGCGGAAUUAAAAUCGCUGAGAAAUCGUUCAAGUAAAGUUGAUUAUGAUAUGGAUGCUUUCGUGAGUGAUCUGUUGCGUGUCGCUGAUGAAGGAUAUAAUAAAUAUUGUCGUCUUCAUGGUGCAGUACUUUUGCUACAUACGUCUGAAUGA